AUGAUCAAUAGCAUAGAAACGUCAACAGAGAAUUCAUCAUUUCAACCUAAAUCUAUUCUUAAGAAUUCAAAAUCAGUGCCAACUUUACAUACCAGAACUACACCCUCAGACAGAAAAAGUUCCCAUCCCAAAAAAAAAGUGUCUAGUUUUAUCAAAAAUAUAUCGAUACUGUGGAACUUAUUGCGAUUAAAAGUAAGAUCAUUAUCAGAAGAAGUAUUCACAACUGACGAAGUAGUUGAUGAUCUAUUUGUUGAUACGGAUAUAGACGAUCCACUCGAAAGACUAGCAAGAAAUAAUAGAGGGUACGCAUCAACAGAAGAGAAGUUUUUGAAAGAGUUCAAGAAAUACAAGACUCUAGACAAAAUGCAUGAAGAAUACGUACAAAAGAAUCAUUCUAUGCAUGAGGAGGUGAAAUCAUCUACUACUGCAGUUUCUGAUGGUCAGACUAAGGGUCUUUCAUUACAAGACAUUAUACGGCAAAUUUCAGACACCUCGAAUUCAUCAAAAACUCCAUGCAACGAUUCAGAUGAGGAAGAGGAAGGAAAUGAUGAUAGUUUGAAACUGGCUACAUACCAUGAUGUUGAUAUCUGUAAGAUGAGAGAAGAUUUGGCUUUGCAAUUAAAGCAGAUAGCUUCAUCAGGAAGCAUUACAGAUACUUCGAAGUCUACUUUGCGUGAAACAGGAAACCAAAUCAACAUUGGAGAAACAUUAUGGGAAUAUCGUCGUUCCAAAUGGUUAGCGACAGAUUCUGAAGGAGAAUUAAGAGCCAAAGAACACAUGCAACAGCUGUCCAUAGCACAUAUUCCAAAAAACUCGUAUGUUCGCAUUUAUAAUAACUUAGUUGACAAAGGAAGGCUUUUAAAAAAUGACAAGCGUAUAAAUUUGAGUGAUCUAAUCAAGAUCAUUAACGCUGGUUGGAUUUCCGAAGAAAGAUGGGAACGAGCUGCCAAAGGUUUAGCAUAA